AAAAAAUACAGAAGUGAGAAUUUAACAGACAUCUCUAAAAAGGAGUGCAGGCCGGAGAGAAACAGGAGAGAAUCAAACAGGCAAAACUCAGAAUUGAAAUAAGGUUAAGGACUACAUGCAAUCAUGGCUCCUUGGACGAGGACCACUUCGGAGCGGUAUGGUGUAGUGAAGUGGAAUUUUGUCGGCCAUGGAGAGAAGCAUCUUUCCCUGGAAGUAGGAGAUAUGGUGUUCAUCCAAGAGGCCUGUGAUGGGUGGUACAGAGGUUACUUAGCUAGGAACAAAGCCCUACAGGGAGUGUUCCCUGCAAGUUUCAUACAUCUGAAGGAGGUCAUCAUAAAAAAAAGAGGAAAAGAGGAGGUAGUGUUGCCUGCAGAGAUGCCCUUGGUGAAGGAGGUGACCACCACAUUGAGGGAGUGGGGCAGCAUAUGGAAGCAGCUCUUUGUGGCCAAUAAACUGACUCGUGUGAGGCAGGUCAUGAGACUGAUGUGUGAACUGAUGGAGUGGCGUUCACAGCUCCUGUCUGGCACCCUGCCUAGUGAUGAAUUUAAGGAGCUAAAGCAGAAAGUCACCUCUAAGAUCGACUACGGUAACAAGAUCCUGGGGCUGGACCAGGUGGUUCGGGACGAUGACGGGAACAUUUUGGAGCCAGAGCAGGCCAGUGUCAUCAGUCUGUUUCGUGCCCAUGAGGAGGCCACAGCCAAGAUCAAUGAACGUAUCAAAGAGGAACAGUCCAACAUCCAGACAGACCACAGUGGGAUGUCGGCACGGAUCCAGUCCUCCCCCACACACAGCCUGUACGUCUUUGUCAGGAACUUUGUCUGUCGCAUCGGAGAGGACUCGGAGCUCUUCAUGUCCCUCUAUGACCCCAUCAGGCAGACCAUCAUCAGUGAGAACUACUUGAUCCGAUGGGGCAGCAAAGGAUUCCCCAAGGAGAUUGAUAUGCUCAACAACCUUAAGGUUGUGUUUACAGACCUGGGAAACAAGGACCUGGGUAGAGAAAAAAUUUACCUGAUCUGUCAGAUUGUGAGGGUUGGCAGGAUGGACCAAAAAGAGAUAAACAACAAGAAGUGCACUCAGAACCUGAGACGGCCGUUUGGUGUAGCAGUAAUGGACAUUAGUGAUAUCAUCAAAGGAAAGAUCGAAUGUGAUGAGGAAAAGCAGCAUUUCAUCCCCUUCUUCCCGGUAGUUGCUGAGAAUGACUUUCUCCACAACUUGCUGAACAAAGUGACGGCAUCACGAGGGGACAGUGGUGGCCAAGGUCUGUGGGUGACCAUGAAGGCCCUGGUAGGAGACAUUGUUCAGAUCCGUAAGGAAUACCCUCACCUGGUAGACCGCAGCACUGUGGUGGCACGCAAGCUGGGCUUCCCAGAGAUCAUUAUGCCGGGUGAUGUUCGAAAUGACAUCUACCUCACCAUACAGGCCGGAGACUUUGACAAAUACAACAAGACCACGCAGAAAAAUGUGGAAGUCAUCAUGUGGGUCUGUGAUGUGGAGGGCAAGGUCAUACAGAACUCCAUCUGUCUGGGAGCUGGGGAUAAGGCUGCCAGUGAAUACAAAUCAGUCAUCUACUACCAAAUCAAACAGCCCCGCUGGAUGGAGACAAUUAAGGUGGCUGUCUCUCUGGAAGAAAUGCACAGAAUUCAUUUACGCUUCAUGUUCAGACACCGCUCCUCCCAGGAGUCCAAGGAUAAGAGCGAGAAGAACUUUGCCAUGGCAUUUGUGCGUCUAAUGAAGGAGGAUGGGACCGUUCUUCAAGAUGGACUGCAUGACCUCAUAGUCUUCAAGGGUGACAGCAAGCGCAUGGAAGAUGUGAGCUGCUACUUGUCGUUGCCCUCGACCCGCCACCACCAUGGCGACUACCACAAGGUGGCAGGGCUGAGCCGCAGCUCCAGCAAUGUGUCUGGGAGUGGAGGAGGCCUGUCGGUCAGCUCCAGAGACAGCUUCUCUAUCUCCACCCUGGUCUGCUCCACCAAACUCACCCAGAACGUCGGCCUACUGGGUCUUCUCAAGUGGAGGACUCGACCUGAGCUCCUCAGAGAAAACCUGGAGAAACUCAAAAUCAUUGAUGGAGAGGAGGUGGUGAAGUUUCUGCAGGACACUCUGGAUGCCUUGUUCAACAUCAUGAUGGAGCACUCUCAGACAGACGACUACGACAUCCUUGUGUUUGACGCCUUGAUUCACAUCAUAGGUCUGAUCGCUGACAGAAAGUUCCAGCACUUCAACACGGUGUUAGAGGCCUACAUCAAGCAGCAUUUCAGCGCCACUUUGGCCUACAAGAAGCUGAUGUCGGUGUUGAAGAGGUAUCUGGAUGUGUCCAGCCGAGGGGAACAGUGUGAGCCUAUCUUCCGCACCCUCAAAGCCCUGGAGUACAUCUUCAAAUUCAUCGUGCGCUCACGUAUGCUCUAUUCCCAACUGUAUGAGGGGAAGGAGCAGGCAGAGUUUGAGGAGUCACUGAAGAGGCUUUUUGAGUCCAUCAACAGCCUGAUGAGAACAGACUACACCGGCACUCUGCUGCUCAGGGUUGCUGCGCUAAAGUACCUUCCAACUGUCCUGCACGAUGUUGAGAAAGUGUUUGAUGCCAAACUCUUAAGUCAACUGCUGCAUGAUUUUUAUUCCUGCAUUCCUCCAGAGAAACUCCAGAAACAGAAGGUGGCUUCCAUGACUGAGAUUGUCAGCAGCCAACUCUUCCAGAGACAAGAGUGCCGUGAUGUGUUGUUACCCAUGAUGCUGCGGGAGCUGGGCGGGGCACUGGCCAGUAUGGCUGACGGGCCACAUGAUGAGAGGAGAAACAGCCUGGAGCUGCUCAACAACAUUCUGGAAGUUCUCAGCAGGAACAACGUGGGGGAAACAUUUCAACAUGUCCAGGACAUUGUGGUGUCUCUGCUGAGGAUCAUCAAUCGGACCGUCAUCACCAUGGGUCGAGAGCACGCACUAAUUUCCAGGGUGGUGGCCUGCAUGACAGCCAUCCUCAGUCAGAUGGAUGACCGUCACUAUGCUUUAUACAUAGAAACCUUCACUGGGAGCUCUGAUCUUGUGGACUUCCUGAUGGAAUCGUUCAUGCUUUUCAUGGACCUGAUUGGGAAACAUGUGUACCCCUCAGACUGGAUGGCUAUGAUUAUGGUACAGAACAGGGUGUUCCUUAGAGCCAUCAACACCUAUGCAGACACAAUGAACCAGAAGUUCCUCAAUAAUGACGACUUUGAAGUGCAGUUGUGGAAUAACUAUUUCCACUUGGCGGUGGCCUUUAUUACCCAGGAGUCCCUGCAGCUUCAGCACUUCUCGCCAACCAAGAGGAACAAGAUCCUGGCCAAAUAUGGAGACAUGAGAAGACUCAUCGGCUUUGCUAUACGUGAUAUCUGGUACAAACUAGGCAGUCACAAGAUCUGUUUCAUCCCUGGCAUGGUGGGUCCCAUCCUGGAGAUGACUUUGAUCCCCGAGGAGGAAUUGAGAAGGGCAACAAUUCCCAUCUUCUUUGACAUGAUCACUUGUGAACAUGCACACGCCGAAAACUUCCACAAGUUUGAGAACGAGAUCAUCUUGAAGUUGGACCACGAGGUGGAGGGUGGUGGAGGAGAUGAACGAUACAUGCAACUCCUGGAGACGAUCCUGCUGGACUGCGCUGCAGAGAAUUCCACCCUGAGGCCUCAGGUGCAGCACUUUGUCGCCUUGGUGAAGGGACUCCUCAUUCGUCUCCUCGACUACCGCACUGUGAUGAGCGACGACAGCCGCAACAACCGCAUGAGCUGCACCGUCAAUCUUCUGAACUUUUACAAGGACAUCAACCGUGAAGGGAUGUAUAUCAGGUACCUCUACAAGCUGAGGGACCUUCACCUGGAAGGUGAAAACUACACUGAGGCCGCAUACACACUGCUGCUGCACUCUCGCCUGCUCAAGUGGCUCGAUGAGAUGUGCAGCCCCCAGUUCGAGUCUCACGGCUACCAAACCCAGCGGCAGCUCAAAGAAACGCUCUACGACACCAUCAUUGACUACUUUGACAAGGGCAAGAUGUGGGAGGAGGCCAUCACUCUGUGUAAGGAAUUAGCUGAACAGUACGAAAACGAGAUCUUUGACUACGAAUUACUCAGCAAGAGACUGGAGAAGCAAGCCAAGUUCUAUGAGAACAUUAUGAAGAUCCUGAGGCCAAAGCCGGACUACUUCGCCGUGGGCUACUAUGGACAAGGCUACCCUCCGUUUCUCAAGAACAAGGUGUUCAUCCACCGUGGUAAAGAGUAUGAACGCAGAGAGGACUUUCAGAACCAUCUGAUGAGUCAGUUCCCGAGCGCCGUGCGCCUCAACACCACCACCAUACCAGGAGACGACAUCAGGAACUCUCCACAACAGUAUAUCCAGUGUUUCACUGUGCAGCCAGUCCUGGAGAUUCCUCCUCGCCUGAAGAACAAACCUGUUCCUGACCAGAUUAUCAACUUCUACAAGUCUAACUACGUGCAGCGUUUUCACUACUCCAGACCUGUGAGGAAAGGACCUGUGGACCCAAACAACGAGUUCACUUCGAUGUGGAUUGAACGCACCACCUUCACCACUGUGUACAAGCUGCCGGGGAUCUUGCGCUGGUUUGAGGCCACUGACAUGAAACAUACCACCUUGUCUCCACUGGAAAAUGCCAUAGAGACCAUGGAGUCCACUAAUGAGAAGAUUCUGACCUUGUUAAACCAGUACCAGGCUGACUGGAGUCUUCCCAUCAACCCCCUCUCCAUGCUGCUCAACGGCAUUGUGGACCCUGCUGUCAUGGGAGGCUUUGCCAACUAUGAAAAGGCAUUCUUUACUGAAGAGUACACUCAGCAGCACCCCGAGGACAGAGACAAACUGCUGCGCCUCAAAGACUUCAUCGCGUGGCAGAUCCCAUUACUGGGCAGAGGGAUCUCUCUGCAUGGGAAGAGGGUGGCGGACGACCUGCGUCCAUUCCAUGAGCGGAUGGAGGAGUGCUUCAAACAGCUGAAGAAGAAGGUGGAGAAGGAGUACGGAGUGAGAGAGUUGCCGGACUUUGAUGAGAGGAAGUCCACUCGUCCCCGCUCCAUGCUGCGCUCCUUUCGCCAGUCCAUCAUCUCCAUCUCCUCACUGCAUGGAUCUGAAUGUGGGACCCCAACUAAGCUCAAUGCAGACAGAGACCUCCCCCCUGAGUCUCCAGUCUCCUGGACCACCUCUCUGCAUCGCUCCAGCGGCAGCAUGAGUGCAGGAACAGUGGAUGAAAUGGUGACGGUGGGCGAGGCGGAGGUCAAACUGAGGAAGAGUAAGAAGAAGAAGAAGAGGAGCAGCAUGAUCUUUAUCACAGAAGAAAGGGAACGGACGAACACACUUGACUGCAAACGGCUGUCCAAGAAACAGGAGUUCCGUAGUGACACCAACUUGUCUGAGCCGAAUGAAGGAAAUGUGUCGCUGACGAACGCCAACUCCAGAUCCCUGCCUGCCAUCACAGGUCUGUCCCUGGCUGUGGUCGCGGGCACUGAGGAGACGGACUCUGUCAGGGCCAGGAGGGACAGUAAAAGCAUGUCUGUCUGUGGGACUGCUGACCGAACAGCAGACAGACGCUCAAAGGGGGUCAUUAACCUGUUCUUCAAGUCCAAGAAUUCCAAAUCAGAGGAUGUGAAGUCUGGAGACUCAGCGAGAGACAGUAACAGUCAUUUCUGAAAUGCUUCUUUUUAGUUUCCUCUUUCCUUUGCUUAUUUUUUAUUCAUUUGUUUUAUAAUGAGUUAUGAGAGUCACACCAGAUUAUGCAUACACUCCUCUCUCAGUCUGCCUGUCAGUCUCAGUGUUGCCGUUAAUAUAAUUGAUUGUACCUAUCAAUAAAGGCUAUUUUGAGGCCUUGACCUUUUUUUUCCCGGUAAUUCAAAUGAUUCCCAGCAAAGCUAAAUGUCAUCUUACAGCUUUUCAAUCAAUUGUGCUUCUACAAGAGUGAGCAAACACAAUCCAUCCUGCCAACGGACUUGAUUAAAAAGCUUCUUAUUAUACAUUUUUGCCAUUGUUGUGAGUGACUGAAGUUAAUGGGGAAAAUAAUAAUUUGAUGAAGCACAAAGGUUACCAUGUCCUCCCAAAGGACUUGAAAGAGGAACAUGCUGCCAAAAAGCUUUGGCUCUGAUAGAACAAACGACAAAGUCUAAUCAAUUCAACAAACUGUGGAGCCUAUUAAACAAAGUCUACAGGAUGUGUUGUGUGCACACAAUGAGAGUUGAAACAGAGUGUGUUCACUGUGUUUCCGUUAUAAAUAAUACUUUUUAUUGUGCACGAGUUAGAGCAACCAACAGCAUUACUUCUCUUAUUAGUGGAAUAAAUCAAGCAUAAAGAAAAGUGAA